AUGAGCGAAGACGAGUUUGUUGUGCUGCUGGAGCACGCGGGAAUCCUCGAGACGUCGGACGAGAACGACAUGGAGUUCGUGGAGGAGACGGUCCUGCGCGAGUGGCUCGAGCGCGACGGCGUGCAGCUCUUUACGACGCAAGUGACGACCGUCAAGCGCGAGCAGAGCGACGCUGACCUCGUGGUGGACGGCGCUGUGCCGACGGCAGCUCCGACGGCAACGGCAACGGCCGCGACGCUCGUGGGCGAAGCGCGGACGCGCAUGGCUGGCCACAUUCUCGCGAGGCUGUUGGAGAGGGGGUGGAUCGCUGCGAUUGAGUUUGAUUACAAUGAGGACGUGGACGAGGAGGAUGAGGACGAGAAUGAGGACGAAGAGGACGAGGCGGAGGAGUGGAAGCCUAAACUCUUCACGCCGCGACUACGGACGUACGAAGCGUACAGGAUUUAUAUCGAGAAGGACAUGACGGCAACGCAGCUGGCUACACGAAGAUUCCAGCUCCGUGCUCACGACUUGCAUGAUGCGGGCGUGUCGGCUGAUCAAGAUGUAGGCGAAAUGGCAUCGUCCAUGCGGCUGACGAUGGCGGACAGCGAUCAAAAGACGCGGCUGCGCGAGAAGCUGUGGCAAGACUGCUUUCCUACGUGCUCCGACAGCGCCAAGCACACGUUCUUGUCGUUCACUCGACCAGAGAUUAUCUUAUACGCUACCUUGGGCCUCAACCUGAUCAGCAACGGAAUCAGCAGCGUGCCUGCGUUUUCGCGCGAGUUGAAGAGCAUGGGUGUGAGCAGUGCAGACGACCGGUCCAUUAUCGUUGGGUUCCUGGCCAAAGCGUUUCCAACAGAGUAG